AAUGCGUUUUGUUUUUACAUUCUUUACUUUAGCAAAAGUAGAAAUUAUAAUCUUUUUUUUAAACUUCAUUAUUCCUCCAUAGGAUGAAAUACACCUAUGUAUCCACCACAACUGUAUUAUACAAAUACACAAAUCAUUUUCUAUAUCUUUGGAUCACAAUUACUGAUUUAUUUUAGUUGGGACUACGGGGCAACGCCCGAGGCUCUAGUUUUAAUUGUUGUUUUAAUCCAUUGAACGGAGGCAUAGAUGUCAUGGCGGCCCUUCGACACAGGUAGGCGCUGUUGUCAGGUUUUAAAUAAAGUUAUUUAAAUUCAAACAAAAUGGCGGCGCCCUGUGGUCCCACCGUGCCGUUUCACUGGCGACGUUAAGGCAGCAAAACUUUAAAAAAUAAACGGAAAUAGCUUUCUCUGAAUAAAUUUCCAGAUGAGUCAUGGCGACUCCAGUAAAGCCAACUAAGAAGGAAACGAAAAAGUACAUUCCGACUAAGACUUCCUUCACCUCACCCUUCACCCCAAUAUGGAGCCCACUUCCCCAAGAAGACAUGCAUUUCAUCCUGAAUACUUUGAAGGACAAACUGACCUCCACAGGCCUCGAGAAGAGAGGGGUUAAAGUGUUUCGGCCGUGGAGGAAGAAGAAAGAGCAGAAACCCGCCUCCCCGUCAGAACCCGUUCUCCAAGCGAGCCGGGACGAACCAGGGCGCGAGCCGGUCAAAAACGGCUGGACAGAUGUGGCGGCCAGACAACAGCUGGCCAUUGGCAUCAACGAGGUCACCAAGGCUCUGGAGAGGAAUGAGCUCAGGCUGCUGCUCGUGUGCAAGUCAGUGAAACCGAAGCACAUGACGGACCACCUGAUAGCUCUGAGCGCAACGAGAGGUGUGCCGGCCUGCCAGGUGCCUCGUCUGAGCCAGAGUGUGUCAGAGCCGCUGGGGCUGAGAAGCGUCCUCGCUCUGGGAUUCAGACGGUGUUCCUCCACGGAUGGUGAGGUGUUCGCGGACACUGUCGAUGCCAUUAAACCCAGAGUGCCUUCACUCAACGUUGCGUGGCUACAAGGGGCGGCGCCUACAGUGGUUCCUCAAGACCCUGCUGGCGGAGAGGAGAAAGAGGAGAAGAUGGAGGAGGGGGAAGAAGUCGGGGAGAUGAGAGGCCAAAAACGGAAACUGGAGAGUGAACGUGAGGAGGUCACAGAGUCUCCGUCCUCCGUCACUCUGCAGCCUCUCAAAGUAAAGAAAAUUGUUGCCAAUCCUGGAAAGAAAAGGAAAGCAAAGCCUAAGAAAAAAACUGUCAAAUGAAACAGAGACUCUGGUUUGAUCAUUAAAUGGCCGUUCCUAUGUUCUACAUGCUGUUACUACUUGUGACACCUCAUCGUCCCUUCUGGUCUCCAUGGAGACAGAUGAGUAACUUUUCCUGCUCUUUUUUUUUUUUUUUUUAUUCUUAAAGGACUUUUGGAAGCUAAAGGAGGUUACUGUUUAACUUAGUUGGCAUUGUUUUUUGUUUAUAUGUAUAUAUAUGCCUUUAUUGCAAUGAAACCUACUGAAGAUUUAUAAUUCAUUACAUCUUCAAGAAGAUUCAAGAAUCUUAUAUAAAUUUUGGAUGUUGGCUCCUGGCGAAACUAGUGCAAAUAUAAUUUCAUGCGUGGGGGACUCCCAAUAAAAUAUUUUACAAAGUUACAUUUUCAGUUUAUUGACACUGUCUCAAAGAUGUUAAUUCUACAUUAUUAUUAGGUUGGACCAGAAUUAGAGAGAGAAAGGAUGUUCUUAAGUGUCAGGCACCUGGACAUUGGUUCCUGUGUGUUGGUGGGAAGGAGUUCGGAGGCCAGAUAGAGACCAGUGUUUGAGGCGUGGCAGGCUGUGUUGUCCUGCUGAGGAUGGCCGCUGCCACCAGGGGGCGUCUUUGCUGCGUCUUUGUGGUGGAGGUGCCUGGUCAGCAGUUUAGGUGGUAGUCCAAUUAACACGCAAAAGACUCCCAGGGCUACACAUCUCCCAGCAGAACAUUGUAUCCUGAUGAGAUGAUCACUGCUGAUAGUAACAUUUUUUUAAUUUCAAAACAUCUGAUGUGUGAUUAAAGAAACUCAUCACUCA